AUGGCGGCGCUGACGCCGGAGGGCCCGGGGGACGCCUCCUCGGCCGCCCUGGACGAGCUGUCCCGGAACUUCACGUACUGGGCCCCGGGCGCCGGCAAUGGCUCCCUGUCGGGCGCGUGGUACCGCAGGAACCAGGUUCACCUUUUUGGAGUUUUGCUAGCCAUUUUAGGAAACUUAGUAAUCAGCAUUUCCCUUAAUAUUCAGAAAUAUUCCCAUCUUCAGUUGGCACACCAAGAGCACCCAAGACCAUACUUCAAGAGCAUGUUAUGGUGGGGUGGGAUCAUCCUGAUGGCUGUGGGAGAGACAGGAAACUUUGCAGCUUAUGGAUUCGCCCCUAUUACUGUCAUCGCUCCAUUAGGCUGUAUGUCUGUUACAGGUAGUGCCAUUAUUUCUGUUAUGUUUCUGAAAGAAAAUUUGAGAGCCUCAGAUCUACUGGGUACGACAUUGGCAUUUGCAGGAACAUAUCUAUUGGUGAACUUUGCUCCAAAUAUAACUCAGGACAUCUCCGCAAGAACAGUGCAGUAUUACUUCGUUGGCUGGCAGUUCCUGGUCUAUGUGAUUUUGGAAAUAGUAAUUUUCUGCAUUCUCCUAUACUUUCUUAAAAGAAAAGGAAUGAAGCAUAUUGCAAUUCUGCUAACCCUGGUGGCACUUCUAGCCUCAUUGACUGUUAUUUCAGUAAAAGCCAUCUCAGGCAUGAUCACUUUUUCUGUGACGGAUAAAAUGCAACUAACCUAUCCCAUCUUCUAUAUCAUGUUUAUCAUCAUGGUAGCAUCUUGUGUUUUCCAAGUCAAGUUCCUGAAUCAAGCCACACAACUCUACAAUACAGCGAUGGUGGUGCCAAUUAACCAUGUUUUCUUUACAACUAGUGCCAUUAUUGCAGGUAUCAUAUUUUAUCAGGAAUUCCUUGGUGCAGCUUUUCUCACUAUAUUUAUAUAUCUUUUUGGGUGUUUGCUGUCAUUCCUGGGUGUGUUGUUGGUCACAAGAGAUCGAGAAAAGGAACAUGUGCCACGGUCUUACAUUGAUUUUGGAAAUAUCCCUGGGAAACAAAUGUUGGACAAAAUACAACCAGACUCGAAUGGCUUAUCCUAUGGAACUUUGCCUGAUGGAAGUGACUCAACAAAGAGCCAAAGUGGAGAGAAGAAAGAAGCCUGAAAUGCCAAGGGAUGGCUGUUGGCCUGUUACUCGAUACCACCUUUUUAAAAAGGCGCACAUGUUCAAUUUGUGUCAGCAGCUGUUUGAGGCUGACAUGUGCUAGCACUAGUUUCCAUCCUUACCCCACCUCCAUUUCUAUACCAGUCAGGCGUGCUGAAGCUUUGACAGUCACGUGCUCUCAUGGAAUGUAGCUUGAAGUGCUCCCCACACCCUGGCCUCUCCCUGGUGAAUGUUUAACUGCAUAGAUCUUAGUUAGAGCCUGGCUACCCGAGCUGGGGAGUGGUACACCCCGACACAGAAAAAUGUGCAUCUGCAGCUCGCCUGUAGAAUACAUCGGCUGCUUCUCCCACGCAGCUUGGCGUGGCAGUUGCCUGGCUUUCAAGAGACAUUGUGUCCCAUGGUCGUACUCUCAAACCAAACGUGCAAGAGCGUUUUUCCCAAGACAUCUUUGACGAAACUCCCCAAAAGGAUCCCAGCUUUCUAUUCCCAAAUUAGCACAGGAAAUCAUCCUUUCUGAAAACUAGCCUUGUUAUAAACAUCCUUUGAAAAGAAAGUAAGGAUGGCUUUGAAAUCAUAUUUUGUAAGUGGCAUUCUGUAAUGGCGUAUACCAAAACUGAAACACCUCAGCUGGCAGACUUUAAACUUAAGAAAAAUUAAAGAAUUAGGAUCCAUUUUUUAACAUAAAGUAUAGAAUAGCAAUAUUUUCUUCAGCUAUAUUGAGUCUAUGACACUUGAAUUGCAAGGGAAAACUUCCUAUCCUAUGCCUUUGUUUAGAUCUUAGAAUUUUUCAAGUGGGUUUAUGUUUUAAUUCUCGACAUGUCCCAAAAAUUAUAUGUAAAUCCUUAGUGAUAUUUCCACUAAUAUGUCAUUUCUCCCCUUAGUCAUUAUCUCAAGCUUUAUAAGUUCUUCUAGGUAAAAGGACAGUUACACUUAGAGAACUGGAUUUCAGCCAGUUUCUCAAGUCUGUAGACACAGCUCCCAAGUGAGAUGGUCCAACCUGCAUCUUGAGAAGCAGCAGCCCAGGUGGUCUUGUACCUUGUCUGGCUUUUCUGCUGCAUUUAGUCACAUAUCUGCUAAGGUACACUUGCAGGUAGAGUGCCUACUCCUGCCUAAUCAUUUAUUUCUUAUGACCUACAUAAUAUUUAAAUGAGAAAAGAGCUAGCCUUCAUUACAACCAACAUCAAAUAAUGCACCCUAGCCUGAGUGACAAUUCAGAGCCUUCAGAUCCAUUCUAACAUGUCAGUCCGAUCACAUCCCAGCCAGUGGCCUUGCAUUUAUGUAGGUUGUUUAACUCAGAGUGAGACUGUGAUGUUUUAGCUUGAGUCUUCAGCUUUGUCAUAACCUAUGCUCCUGACCAGACCAAUUAACCUGGUCAAAAAGACAAGAUUCAGAUCCAUCGCCAGUGGAUGAAUAAUCACCUAGAUAGAGCCCAAAGCUGGCUUUUGAACCCCUAGUAACAAUUACUGUCAUUGUGGAAAGUGUCCUAUUAAUUCAAAUAACAAGGCAUAUAAUUUAUGGCACGUUUCACUGAAUCAGUCCAACAUGUUGGCACUGGAAAACUCAGCUAAGAAAUGUGUCUUAAACUACAGCUUUCUGGUGACUCUUAAAACUAGUUUCAAAGAUUGGGGACAUAAUUAGAUUGAAGCAUUUUGCUUGAAGUAGAACUACAUUUAUAGCUUACAGCACGUGGUUUUGAGCAUUGUAGAAUUUUGCACAGACACAGCAUAAAGCUGGUACGUUAGUGGUCGCCAGCAUUUGCAUCUUUUAAAUGUUUUGAUUAAGUGACAUCGACUUAUGAACAUUUAAGCAAUCCAGCAAUGCUUUAGAACCUUUAGAAGCAAUCCAGGUAACACAAUGUAUUCAGGCCUAAUUUUAAUUUCCAUAUCGCUGUUCCAAAGUAAGGUGUAUGAAAGUUGUAGUUGUACUGGCUUGGAAAGGUUUUUUUAAUUACACAAUGCAUAACAACAACCAAAGCCAACCCAGUCCUUCUGUUGGCAUGAGUGGGAGAGCUUUAGCCAACAUUUGACUCAUCUAAUUGUCUAGAUCAGGGGUCUGCAAACUUUUCCUAUUAAGACCCAGGGUAAAUAUUUUGGGGGUUGCUGGCCAUACGAUCUCUGCUACAACUUCUCGGCUCUACAUGAAAGCAGCCAUAGAAGCUACAUAAGUGAGCGAGCAUGCCUGUGCUCCAGUAAAACCUUAUUUACAAAGACAGGGGCAGGUCCAUAGCUGCAGUUCACCAGCCCCUGCUCUUGCUCUUCUCCCUUGGUCCUUGAGCAUUCAAGGGUUUAAAACAUGCUGUUUCUUAGAUCAUGACAAACUAGAUGCUGUGGGAACAUGGAGCCACUUCUAACAUUAGGACCUCGUUGCUUAUAGAAGAUGCAAAGGGAAGUGAUGAGUUCAUUACCGGUGCCCCAGGUUCUCUGUCUUGAAGGCAGUGAUUCGUUUGCCAGCACCACUAACUGUAAUGGAAGAGACUCUAAUCCCACACACCGAGUUGCUGAUAACUUCAGAACUGAGGUAACUACCGUUCCCUCUCGUGUAGUAGCUUAAAGCAGAGGUCCGUACCAUCUGAUUGUUUUCAAUUUAAAUGUUAGCUUGCCCAAUAACUAUAAGAUUUUUUUUAACUAGAAUCUCCUGAAAAAUACAAUAAAAAAUUUCUCAAGCAGUGAAUCAGAAUGCAUUUUUCCACACCUAUCCCACUUCCACACGCUCCCAGAGAUUCUCUUUUGUGAACAGAGAAUGAAAAGGGAAAAAGACAGAUUUCACAGAUUAGUGUGAUUUCAGUGCUAUUGAAGAGCUGUGGUGAUAGUGGGUAAGUUUGGCUCCAAAAGCAGCAGGUGCACAUGGUGGACAUGACUCCAACGCUGAGCCAAAUUCCUGAAGCCAAGAGCCCUCCUUUAUACUCCUUGUUUCCAAGCACAGAGCUCACCCAGGAGCAGCGACUAGACACACUCGGCCACACUGAAGGCUGCCUCAUGCUUGCCAACAAAA